CGAGCUCCAUCGAUGACACAGCUGCUUUCUCACAUUGUCUUUAUUCGCUGACAACACGACAUUGAAAUUUUGUCAUUGUUGCAUCGCUCUCAGGGCGAUAUCUUUGCUCCUUCCGGCACGGCCUCAAGUUUUGGCGCGUUUGAUGACAAUGGCAGAUCUUCAGGAACUGUUUUCACGCCUCAAAGCUGCGGCGACCGAGCCGUCGCCUGCUGUUCACUCCCAAUCGCAAAGUCCUUCGCAAUCCUCGUUAUGGGCUCAGCCUCCAGCGAAUCAUCAGCACAUCAUUACUUCACCGCCACCUCACGCUACGAUCACUUCUGUUCGUCCGUCAUCGAUCUUGAGUUCAUCACACCCGAUGGCCGUGGCGAAUACUCCGGCCUCUGACCAAGAGCGUUCAAACCACUUGCUCAGCCUGCUGAAGUUCACCCAACCUUCCAAUGUUCCACCGAGCUCAACCAGCCCCAUGGCAAAUCUGCAGAAUGUCGGCGUAUCGCGGAGUGCGUCUUCAUACAAUCCUGGACUGCCAGCCUAUGAUGGCGGCAAUCCACGUCCUCUCUCUGCCGCCGAUCUGAUGGCGAACCUACAGAGAAAUUCACAAUCUCCAAUCGCUCAAACGACUGUAAUCUCGGACAAACGCCAAAGCAUUCCUACUCCUGCUGCUGCCCAGCAAGAUUUUCUCCUUCACCUUUUGAAGCCAUCAUCAAGACUUGCACAGUCAGGAAAUGCUGCUGAUUCUGCGCUGCCUACACUAGCAGCGAGUUCGGAGCCACAUAAUUCGCCCGUCCCUCACUUCGGCAGUCCCUCGAUUGAUCAGACGGUGUUCGAGGCUCCUCAACCAACAAAGCCGUCCAGAUUUAAUUACAUCAAUCCCUUUGACGAGCUACACUCAUCUUCGCCUCUCAACGCCGCUUCUAACCCGAAAGCGUCCCCUUCGAAUCCGCAGACCUUUGAGAUUCUCAAGCAUGCUCGUGAUACUUCAGUACCGCAGGCUGAAGAGCUGCUUGCUCCUGUCGCAAAAGCGAAAAAGGCAGGCGCAGGGGAUACCGCAUCACAAGGCGCGACAGAUUCCGGAAGCACAAGCGUUUCCAAGGCUCUGCAGGGGGUCGGUGAGAAAGCGGACAAAGAGGCAGAGCAAGCUCUUACAGCUGCGGAGUCGAAGGAUCAGUCCAGGAAUGACUCGUCGUCGGCGGCACUCCCCACGAGACAGAAAGAGCAGAAAGUGCCGGCAAAUACUGAUGAGGUCGGUUCUAGUUGGGAAAGUGCUGAGGAUGACGAAGCGUCGGCAUGUGCCGUCGACGUUUACAACUUCCCAAUGAAGCCGUUCGUCUCAUUGCAGAUCAAACAAAUGCCAGAGGCACGACCAAUCCGUCAGGAUAAUUUCAUGGUCGUCGCACAGCUCAAGAAGGAUUUCGACCAGAUUGACCGCUGUCUCGUCACUGCGAGCCAAACCCACAUCAUAUAUGCGCAAGUUGCCACGAAGAAAGACAACGGCGGAUUCCGCGUCAUCCGGCAGGAUAAUGGACAGCACAAGCAAGUAUUUCGGUCCAGUGGCGAGCGCAUUUUCAAUGUGCAGCUAUGCAGUACGAACGUGAGAGGAGACGACGUGGAGACAGUUCUCGGAACUGGAGUCAAUGGCUCUAUCUUCUGGACCUCCCUCAACAAGUCUCGUGGCGAUCUAUUUGAGGACGAUGACGUUGAAUCGCAAGGGUUUGUCAUGCCUCCAGUGGCGACGAUCGAAGAGAAUACAUCUGGCUCUCCCGUCAAAACUCGCGCCAAGAUGAGCAGUCGCCAUCCUGCGUUCUUCGGCGUGGCUCGAGGCAAGCAGAUUUACAUCAUUGCCCCUGACGCCGCGAAGCAACCGCAGUACUGUCCAUUCACAACUCGCAAAGUCGACAGCGAUAAAUUUUUCCAGGAACGAAGUCUGAAGAUUAACACCGGAAAGGCUGGCAAAGACUUCUGUUUCUCCGAAGACGAUUCCGUGAUCGUGAGCCUGGAUAAGACUGGGCGAUUCAAAUUUUGGGACAUUCGUGAGUUGACGAGCCAGAUCACUACGACAAAUGGACGACAAGAGCCAGUCGAACUCCGCGAGCCAAUGUGGACCAUGAACGCCGCGGCAUCUGGCAGCAAGCCUGAUGAGAAACCAUCCGUAUCAUCAAUCAUGUUUCUUGACAAGGAACGACCCACGGUGAAGGGUACUGCGCUCAGGUACAUGAUCAUUGGCUUCAAACAGAAUCAUAUCCUUCAAUUGUGGGAUCUCGGUCUCGGCAAGGCAGUGCAGGAGAUCCGCCUUCCGCACGAGAAAGACAGCGACGGAAUAUGCAGCAUCAGCUAUCACGCCAAGUCUGGCAUUAUCACUGUGGGGCAUCCGACAAGGAACAGUAUCUACUUCAUCCACCUCAGUGCGCCGAAGUACCCCCUGCAAGCCAUGGAGCAAGCAAAGUAUAUUGCACUUCUCGCGCGCGAAGACUCCAAAUUGCUCCCUCGUCCGGAAAGCACGGCUAUCAUGAGUGGACUUAGAGAGUUCUCUUUUGCAAAGGUUGGUCAGCUUAGAAGUGUUGAUAUGUUGAAGACGCCAGUGGAGAAUGCGAGCGAAGGUGGUAGCACAGAUGAGACUUUGUUUGAGCUAUACAUCAUGCAUUCAAGGGGUGUGGUCGGAGUCCCCAUCAAACGCGAGGAUCUUGGAUGGGAUGCAGCCGGUAAAAUGGUCAAUCCCAAAGAUGCUCUAGCCGAAGGUGUAAUCGAUAUCAGCGAGCUCAUUCAGCCCCACAAGUUGCCGGCACUCAGUGAACAAGGUACGGCUGACAAUGCCACGAAACAAAAUACGAAGCCAGGACAAUCCAAGAAGGAAGAUCUCACAAAAUCCAUUGAUGCUUCGAAAAUUGCCACGCUUACGUCGAGACCGGAAGCGAAGAGAGACACUCCUGUGAGCAACUUAAAUAACCACGAGCCAAAACAUUCUCAGGCAACAACAUCGGCUCCUGAGAAUAGGCCCACUGAAGCAGCAGGCCCGAAUGAAGCUCAAGGUCAAUCGCAGGACAUCCAGUCACAGCUCACAGCCCAGACAGCAGGCACCCAGCGUGGCAAAUCGCCAUCUAAAACGAAGCCUACUUCUAGCACAGCCAAUGUUGCGAAGAAAGCUUUGCCGCCUCCAACAUCUGCAUCGGCUCAGACGAGCAUCACUGGCGAUGAGUUUCAAUCUCUGCUCAACAAACAGUCCGAGAACCUAUACCAACGUAUUGACAACGAACGACGCGCUCAGGAUGCCUCGGCCGGCGCCAAGCAGGAAGCGCUACUACGACUGGUGUCUUCAACAUUGACAGACAAUGUCGAUCGCAGCCUCAACCAUAUCGUCAGCAAUAGUAUUCAGCAGGAAGUGCUUCCGAUGCUGAAUGACAUCAUCAGCAAAGUCAUAGACCGCAACAUAGCAGACUCACUACCCCAGCAUCUAAGCUCCAGCAUUCAGACAGCAUUGAAGGGUCAUCUUCCUAGCGCUUUGCAGAAUGCCUUGAAGGAGAAGGAUUUCCAUCGCUCGAUAUCGGAGACAACAGCCAAUCAAGUCGCCAACAAAGUGCAAGCCCAGGUGUCGACACUGUUACAACAAGCCCUACCUAAUAUGGCAACUCAAGCUUCGCUGAAGCUAGUGGCUGAUCUCGAACAACGAAUGAGUCAGAAGCUUCAGCUUGCUGAGACCGAGCGCAAAGCUGACGCAGCUAAGAUCGACGGGCUGAUCAGCAUCGUCAACCGCAUGUCCAUUACUAUGGAGAGUCUCUCAGACUUGCAGUCUGCGACUCAAGAUGCCCUACUCAAGAUGCAGCGUGAUGUUGCUACUGUAGCACGGGCGAGUGUUAGCCGUCCAUCACCGACAGUGCCUGCCGAAGAGCCUCGAGUUGAAGGUCCCGUCGAGCUUCAAUCUGAUCCCGAAGACGAGGAGGUUGCUCGCAUAACGCAGACGCUCUUGGCUAAGGAAUACGAAAAUGCCACGAUCCAGUGGAUCUCAUCAGACCGCCAAGCCGACCUCUUUGACAACCUUUUCGUCCGUGUCAAUAUGAAUUACUUAGAUUACGUUUCGCCACUCGUGUCAUUGACCGUUUCUGCUGCCAUCACAUCAAGCUUUUCGACGAACAUCGAAGAGCGCCUGGCAUGGUUAAAGAAGGUCCUUGACUCUAUUGACAUCCGUCAUCCAGACAUUCGCGAUGUUGCCCCAAAGAUCAUGGAUGUCCUAUCACAACGUCUCCGCGGAGCCUACUUGGCAUUGUCCGAGGAAUCGCCAAGGCCCGAGGGCACAUUGCAUUCCAUUGUAGCGCUGAGUCAGCAAGUGAGCGAGGUCCGCAGGCUCACGGCUUGACUAGCCGCCGGCGAUAGGCUUAACAUGUUUGUAUGAACACCAUAAUUCAUUCGUCAAUCGACGUGGUCGAUUUCAGUAUUAGCAAGGCGUUGGUGCAUAGCUGAUGGGUCAGGGCCCACAAGUAAAAUAAUGCGAGCAUUAUCGACUUGAACAGUCCUCAU